ACACCUUGCUCUGCUCUUCCAAGCCCACGCCCACGCGGCCACGCCCACUCAGGCCUCAGUUUGCUUGUCCACCUCCUCCGGUCCUCAUGCCUCUUCAGUCUUCAGCCACCCCUUCCUCUGCAGCUGCCUCGCCGCCGUCCACUUCCGCCUUGCCGCCACCCCUUCCGUCGUCGCCCUGCUACUGCUAACCCACGCGCCCGGCGCCGCAGCAGCCAGCCGCUUCUCUCGCGCAGCAUCGUCCUCGCUGUGAGGCUCUAGUCCCGUGACCUGCCGGCGGCGCGCAGACUGUUCUACAGAAUGCCUCACAGGGAUACCGUCGCCUACAGUACAAUUCGAUGAUCCCUGGCUACGCUGGAAGUGGACGUGCCGGCUAGGUAUUCCGGCUUGUGCACAGGACAGGAUGGAUGAGGUAGGCGUCAGGCCUAGCUGCUCCCCUUCUCCAUCAUAUCAUCGGCCAUGGGCUCUGCUCCCCAUGAGGAUCCAGGUUCAUGCAGCUUCUGUCUGUCACGGCUCUUCCCAACAGAAUGCUGUAGUCGGCGACAGACCGUGGAUACGUAUCAACAUGCCGUCCCCUUGAAAUGUGGUGUAUGAAUGAGCAGGACGUCAUUUUAGUGAACUCUCUGUCAUAUCAGUGUACAACAGCAAUGCAGUGUUUGAGUGUUUCGGGUUGAUUAGAAGCCAUGGAUCUUUGGUUGACGGAUGCAGCGUGUCAACGGUGCUUACCAUGUGCACAGAUGUCACGGAUUUAACUAAGGGUUAGCAGCUAUUGGCCCUUUGCAUCAAAACAUGACUCUGUCAAAAUCUGUCGUUUACGGUGCUGUCAUCGGCUUGUUCUCCAUGUCUGACAGACUACCUGACGCCGUUAGGUUUUUGGAGGGAUUAACCAACAAAUUGCUACUCAGAAACAUGUAAUGCAAUGAUAUUGUAUAUGCCAGGAGGAGCAAGCUCUGGGCCUCUUCGUGAUGGCUCUGUGAAAUGCUGUUCUUCCAACUGAGUUCACUUUUGCAGGUGUGCUGAGAAAGAGUUCGUGUUUUGGUCUGAUGGAGCAGGGUACCCAAAUCCAUGCGCUGGUAUAUAAACGUGGGUUUGAGGAUUAUAUAAUUGUUGCCACUGCUCUCACUGACAUGUAUUGUAAGUUCUGUUCCUUGAAGCAUACCAGGAAACUCUUCAAUGGUGUUUGUGUCAAGGAUUUAGGUGUUAUGGACUACAAUGAUCAUUGGUACAUUGCAGAAUGGGAGAGGUAGGGAAGCUCUUCCAGUUACCAAGGCUGAAGCCUCCUACUAAGUAGGAGCAGUUUGCAAAAUUGAAAGGGAUUAUUAAGCGCAAGAAGAACAAGCAUGAAUGGGAUGAGCAACUUCUUCGUGGGAGCGGACUUAUGGCUAUGAUCGUGUUAAUACCGAUAGAGACAUUCUGAUAUCUGAAGCCAGAAUCAAGAUGCCUUGUGUUGAUCCUUUUGCUCAAAGGAGGGAGGAGAAGAAGAACAGGGUUGAUUAUCAAGAAAAGAACAUACUGUAGAAUUUAAAGAAUGCUGCAAUAGCUAGUGCUCUGCCAAGUGCCGGAAAGACCAUUGAUUUUCGGGCGAGCAAGAUCAUUCAAUACACAUGGUACCGACUUCGCAACCUCAGCCUGCAAUGGGUGAUGUCAGUCCUGCCGGUUCACAGCCAACACAACUAUUCCCUGGCUAUCCAGCUCAGCUCAGUGCUCAGGAGCAGCUGAUGUACGAGCAGUCGCGGGAGUAUCAGCAGCAGCUCCAGCAACAGCAGCAGAGGCAGCUCCAGCAGUUCUGGGCCGAGCAGCGGUCAGAGAUCGAGCAGACCACCGACAUCAAGAACCACCUCCUGCCACCGACCAGGAUAAGGAAGAUCAUGAGGGCCGAUCAGGAUGUUCACAUGAUCUCGGCGGAGGCUCCGGCGCUCUUCGCGAAAGCAUGCGAGAUGUUCACACUGGAGAUGACGAAGAGGUCAUGGAUGGUCACCAAGGAGGACAAGCGCGGGGUCCUGCAGAGGAGUGACGUCGCUGCUGCUGUGGCUAGGACUGACAUUUAUGAUUUCUUGCUGGAUUUAUUUACCAGCGAAGAGACGAAGCAGGGGGUCUUGCUUCCUAGGACCGGGCAGCAGCCCAUGGGGGCUCCAACUGGUGCAUAUCCGUACUGCUAUGCGCCACAGCAGCAGGUGGCAGGUGCGUCAAUGGCGUAUGGUGGCCCGUCGACCUAUGUGUGGCAAGAGCCUCAGGUACAAGAGCAGGGCCAUCCGUCCAGCACCUACGUGUGGCAAGAGCCUCCGCAACAGCAGGAGGGGCCCUGAAGCCAUCGCCAGGUCCAGAGUCCUCGUUUCAGCCUGGACAUUUUAAAAAAACUUUGGGUUUCGCGUUAGCUUUCAUAAUAUGAUCGUUAUUCGUUCGGUUGAAACGGGCGGUUCUGAUAGGAGAGAUUUUAAUUAGAACAUCCUCAUGGAAGUUUGGUUGCUGUUGUGGUGGUGUCGUCAGCGAAGGAUUAUGAAUUUGUGAUUCGAGACUAAUUGAUCAAAUUUUACCGUUGCAAACC